AUGACCAUCACCAAACAGUGGCAGGGCACACUGCGGAUCGCCUCAACUCCAGUGCCUCAACUCCAGUGCCUCAACUCCAGUGCCUCAACUCCAGUGCCUCAACUCCAGUGCCUCAACUCCAGUGCCUCAACUCCAGUGCCUCAACUCCAGUGCCUCAACUCCAGUGCCUCAACUCCAGUGCCUCAACUCCAGUGCCUCAACUCCAGUGCCUCAACUCCAGUGCCUCAACUCCAGUGCCUCAACUCCAGUGCCUCAACUCCAGUGCCUCAACUCCAGUGCCUCAACUCCAGUGCCUCAACUCCAGUGCCUCAACUCCAGUGCCUCAACUCCAGUGCCUCAACUCCAGUGCCUCAACUCCAGUGCCUCAACUCCAGUGCCUCAACUCCAGUGCCUCAACUCCAGUGCCUCAACUCCAGUGCCUCAACUCCAGUGCCUCAACUCCAGUGCCUCAACUCCAGUGCCUCAACUCCAGUGCCUCAACUCCAGUGCCUCAACUCCAGUGCCUCAACUCCAGUGCCUCAACUCCAGUGCCUCAACUCCAGUGCCUCAACUCCAGUGCCUCAACUCCAGUGCCUCAACUCCAGUGCCUCAACUCCAGUGCCUCAACUCCAGUGCCUCAACUCCAGUGCCUCAACUCCAGUGCCUCAACUCCAGUGCCUCAACUCCAGUGCCUCAACUCCAGUGCCUCAACUCCAGUGCCUCAACUCCAGUGCCUCAACUCCAGUGCCUCAACUCCAGUGCCUCAACUCCAGUGCCUCAACUCCAGUGCCUCAACUCCAGUGCCUCAACUCCAGUGCCUCAACUCCAGUGCCUCAACUCCAGUGCCUCAACUCCAGUGCCUCAACUCCAGUGCCUCAACUCCAGUGCCUCAACUCCAGUGCCUCAACUCCAGUGCCUCAACUCCAGUGCCUCAACUCCAGUGCCUCAACUCCAGUGCCUCAACUCCAGUGCCUCAACUCCAGUGCCUCAACUCCAGUGCCUCAACUCCAGUGCCUCAACUCCAGUGCCUCAACUCCAGUGCCUCAACUCCAGUGCCUCAACUCCAGUGCCUCAACUCCAGUGCCUCAACUCCAGUGCCUCAACUCCAGUGCCUCAACUCCAGUGCCUCAACUCCAGUGCCUCAACUCCAGUGCCUCAACUCCAGUGCCUCAACUCCAGUGCCUCAACUCCAGUGCCUCAACUCCAGUGCCUCAACUCCAGUGCCUCAACUCCAGUGCCUCAACUCCAGUGCCUCAACUCCAGUGCCUCAACUCCAGUGCCUCAACUCCAGUGCCUCAACUCCAGUGCCUCAACUCCAGUGCCUCAACUCCAGUGCCUCAACUCCAGUGCCUCAACUCCAGUGCCUCAACUCCAGUGCCUCAACUCCAGUGCCUCAACUCCAGUGCCUCAACUCCAGUGCCUCAACUCCAGUGCCUCAACUCCAGUGCCUCAACUCCAGUGCCUCAACUCCAGUGCCUCAACUCCAGUGCCUCAACUCCAGUGCCUCAACUCCAGUGCCUCAACUCCAGUGCCUCAACUCCAGUGCCUCAACUCCAGUGCCUCAACUCCAGUGCCUCAACUCCAGUGCCUCAACUCCAGUGCCUCAACUCCAGUGCCUCAACUCCAGUGCCUCAACUCCAGUGCCUCAACUCCAGUGCCUCAACUCCAGUGCCUCAACUCCAGUGCCUCAACUCCAGUGCCUCAACUCCAGUGCCUCAACUCCAGUGCCUCAACUCCAGUGCCUCAACUCCAGUGCCUCAACUCCAGUGCCUCAACUCCAGUGCCUCAACUCCAGUGCCUCAACUCCAGUGCCUCAACUCCAGUGCCUCAACUCCAGUGCCUCAACUCCAGUGCCUCAACUCCAGUGCCUCAACUCCAGUGCCUCAACUCCAGUGCCUCAACUCCAGUGCCUCAACUCCAGUGCCUCAACUCCAGUGCCUCAACUCCAGUGCCUCAACUCCAGUGCCUCAACUCCAGUGCCUCAACUCCAGUGCCUCAACUCCAGUGCCUCAACUCCAGUGCCUCAACUCCAGUGCCUCAACUCCAGUGCCUCAACUCCAGUGCCUCAACUCCAGUGCCUCAACUCCAGUGCCUCAACUCCAGUGCCUCAACUCCAGUGCCUCAACUCCAGUGCCUCAACUCCAGUGCCUCAACUCCAGUGCCUCAACUCCAGUGCCUCAACUCCAGUGCCUCAACUCCAGUGCCUCAACUCCAGUGCCUCAACUCCAGUGCCUCAACUCCAGUGCCUCAACUCCAGUGCCUCAACUCCAGUGCCUCAACUCCAGUGCCUCAACUCCAGUGCCUCAACUCCAGUGCCUCAACUCCAGUGCCUCAACUCCAGUGCCUCAACUCCAGUGCCUCAACUCCAGUGCCUCAACUCCAGUGCCUCAACUCCAGUGCCUCAACUCCAGUGCCUCAACUCCAGUGCCUCAACUCCAGUGCCUCAACUCCAGUGCCUCAACUCCAGUGCCAGUAUUUAACCCUUACACUAAUACAGUUUUAGUUUUCAAUUUUAGCACAUAA